UUCUCACUUCUCAGAAUAUAUCAGUUUGUACCAGGUGAGGUGCUCGUUUUUUAAAUAGGUAAUUCACUUCAAUUUCCCACGUGCGAAAGUUGAAGCAAACUCGAUGUCUACAGGCUUCAGUCUACAAGUGGAUUCUUGUUUGUCAGAUUCAGCAAUCAUGUCUUCUGAGAGUGAAGUUGAUGAUUUCUUUGAUGCAAUGGAUGAGUCACCAGGAGGCAAAUCACAAACACUGAAAGCCAGCAGGCCAGUGAUUGCAGCCCAGGUUUCUUCAGACUCCAUCGAUGACUCCUCAGAGUCCACAUCAGGAUCCAAGUCGACUGAGGCAGCAGUGGCGGCCACGCCGGCCGAGGCAGCGGCUGAGCUGGAGGCACGCCGCACCAAGCUGCGCCGGCUGCGGAAGUGCGUCACUGGUGACGAAGAGGUGGCCGAACCGCCGUCACCGCACGGCUCGCAGACCGACUCUGUCGAAGGUGUGGCGGCGCGCAGCAGCCACCCGUUCCGUAAGGUGGAGCACGACGCCCAGUCGAUGGUCAGCCAGAUGUCACUGGGAAAGGUGGGACGCAUCAUGGCCGGACUGGACGACAUUGACGGGCCGGCCGGCCGGCCACCGUCAGCCGCCGCCAGCAGCACGCCGCCGCCGGCCGCCGACGCCGCCCCCGCCCCCGCCCCCGCCCAGGCCGACGUGCCGCCGCAAGCACAGCGGGCUGCCGCGGAGUUGAUGCCGCCACCUCCCGCUCCACCGCCGCCACCACCAGAGGCGGAGCGAGAAGCAGGGCCACCGCCGGUGGCCGCUCAGCCCCCGGCGGAGCCCGUGCCGCCCUCCCCUCCGCCACCGCCGCUGCCGCUGCCAGUACCCGACAUCGUCUCCAGUGUGAAACUCGCCGGUCCCCGGCCGGCCUCCCCGCCUCCCCCUCCUCCUCCGCUGCUCCCGCCGCCUCCGCAGGACUCUGCCGCUCCUCCGGUGGCGCCGCCGCGCCGCAGGAAGAAGCGACCCCCGCAGGAUGGCGCGCGCGACUCUGCCAGCUCCCUGGGCUCGGCUCCGCCCGAGGAGCCGCCGCGGGAGCCUCCACGGGAGCCGGCUCCGGCGCGGCCCCGGGCCAGCCCGCCCCCGGUGCGGCGCGGUCCGGAGCUGCGUCCUCCCCACUCGGCCACGGGAAGUCUCCGGCAGCGGCGGCGCGGUCUCACCGACCGGCGGGCCCAGCUGACGCCCGACCGUGACCAGGAGUUCUCGCUGGAUAUCCGCUCGGCCACCAAGGGGCAGUACGUGGUCAAACCGCAGGACGAGGAGAGCACGCGGGCGCCAGUGGUGACGGUCAUGGACCGCCUGGACGUGAUCUCGGUGCAGUCGGACGCGUCCAGUAUCGCCGACAGCGUGGCAUCCUCGUACCCGGGCGCAAACAUGCAGCGGCUCGAUGAGGUGAAAGAAGCUCAAGAGUUCUUGAGGUCACAUGAGAUCCAGACCAAUAUUUUCGUAAAAACGAAAACGGACUCGGGGCGACCUUUAACUGACAAGGAAAUCCUGGACCAGGUGUCCGUUCUGAACCUGGACACUGGGGAGCGGAUCCCGCUGUCGGUCGCCGAGGAGAAGCUGCCCGCCUGCAUCAACCCGCUCUCCCUUCAGAUCAUGCGCAUGACGUCAGAGUACAUCAGGGAGCCUGACCCGGUGCCGGACAGCCCGCCGUGGCCGGUGCCCCAGCGGCGGCGGCGCCGGCCGCCCGGCUGUGUCUGUAGCCUCAGCCUCAACAUGUAUGUCUGCGCGUGCGGUCACGCACCGUGGCCCGCUGCAGACGGCGCCCCUCCUCACGAUGAGAACCUCCCGGCGCCCGCGGAUGAUACCACGUCGAGCCUGGAGAAGGACGGCUCUGAUGACGACAAGAAGAGUCUGGUGAUACCGCCGGCCGAGGAACAGGUGGAGCAGGGAGGCGUCCGCAAAAAGACGGCCCAGUUCCGCCGCUUCCUGGGCCGUACGGUGAACAAGGCACGCGACCGCGCCGAGGUGAUCGCGCAGAAAAUGUCGCACGUGCGCCACCGAGAGGAGCGCGACGCGUUCGAGUCGCUCGACGGCGUGGCGGACGCACACACCGUCAUCAGAGUGCCGAUGAAGGCAUCCAGCAGCCACAAGGGUCCGUACGAGUUCGAUCAGCUGCUGUUCGUGCAGGACUUCAAGAGCGAACACAUCGGACCCGUCUGGUGUAUGAAGUUCUCCGCCUGCGGCAGGCUGCUGGCCACCGCGGGUCAGGACCACGUCCUGCGGGUGUGGGUACUCAAGUCGGCCUACCACUACUUCUGCGACAUGCGCACCAAGUACUCGGCCGAGAAGGUGUCGCCCACGCCGUCACAGGAGUCUCUGGUGUCGCACCACUCGUCCGAGGAGCCGCUGGCCUCGGUUGACGCCACUUGCGAGGAGGAGGCCUACGCUCCCUUCAUGUCACGACCGCUCUGCAAAUACACGGGUCACACGGCCGACCUGCUGGACAUCAGCUGGUCAAAGAACUACUUUAUUCUGUCGUCGUCAAUGGACAAAACGGUGCGUCUGUGGCACAUAUCGCGUAAGGAGUGUCUCUGCUGCUUCCAGCACAUCGAGUUUGUCACCGCCAUCGCCUUCCACCCGAAGGACGAUCGCUACUUCUUGUCCGGCUCGUUGGACGGAAAGCUGCGGCUCUGGAACAUUCCCGACAAGAAGGUGGCGCUCUGGAACGAGCUGGAUGGCCAGGCCAAGCUGAUCACCGCCGCCAACUUCUGUCAGGGCGGUCGGUUCGCGGUGGUGGGAUCGUACGACGGCCGGUGUCUGUUCUACUCUACCGACCAGCUGAAGUACCAUACCCAGAUCCACGUGCGUUCCACCCGAGGGAAGAACGCUCGCGGACGGAAGAUCAGCGGCAUCGAGCCCAUGCCCGGCGAGGAUAAGAUUCUGGUGACGUCCAACGACAGCCGUAUUCGUCUGUACGACCUGCGCGACCUCAACCUGUCGUGCAAGUACAAGGGCUUCACAAACACCAGCAGUCAGAUCCGCGGCAGCUUCAGUCACGACGGCAAGUACAUCGUGGUGGGUUCCGAAAACCAGUGCGUCUACAUCUGGAAAACCCACCACGACUACUCAAAGUUCUCGUCGGCGCGGCGCGACCGGAACGACUUCUGGGAGGGAAUUAAGGCUCACGAGGCGCAGGUGACGUGCGCUCUGUUCGCGCCUCACCCAGACCUCAUCUUCUCCCACGUUGACGGCGAGCUGACGCGGCUGGAACAGGAGCGGGGCGAGCGCGGGUCGCAGAGCUCGGCCAGCCCCGACCCGACGCCACCCGCCGAGGACGCCAAAAAGGACUCACUCGACAAGAAGUCGGUGGGGAGUGGCGGCACGUCCACCAUGGGUUACGUGCUCGUCACAGCCGACUUCAACGGCAUCAUCAAGGUGUUCCUGAACCGGACGCGGCCGAAACACAGCAGCCUGCCGGCCUCGGCGCUAAUGAGAGAGGCUCCGGCCACUCCGCGGUGAGGGGGCGCCCGGCUGGCGGCGGCGCUGAGCGGGGCCGGCGGCGACGGGGUCUGAUGGUGCUAUAUGAGUGUUUGGAAGUAUCACAACUGUCUCAUGCCCUUCCAUAGAUGGUGUGUGUGUGUGUGUGGAGAGGUAUCUGUUGGUCAGGUCUGAGUGCCCGGGUCUGAUGUGAGAUAAUCGAUUUUAUUUAUGCUAUACAUUGCACUGUGCUGAGUCAGAGCCAUAUAACAGCUGACGAAACAGCGUCAUUGUAGCCGGUGCUAUCUACCACAAACCACCACAUAUAACCUUAAAUCCUGUCAGAUCAUGACGUAUGCACGCGGUCUUUGAAUGUCUUCAGACUACAAUUAUGUGUGGUUUGCACACUGGGGACCAGAUAUGGGUGUAUCUCAGUUCGCUGCCGGUAGGCAUCAUUCGGUGGCCGGACAGGUUGUAAGAUACCUUAGCCGGAUCCCAGCCCGCCUCAUUGGGCUAGACGGCACCGAACAGUCCCUAUGGAGUCGGACAGAUGGAGCUCGCACCGUGUGGCCAGUCUCGCACAAUGGGAUGUGAGGAGCCGCGUCCUGUCAUGUGCGGGUGUGUGUUACACAGGGCUACGGGCUACAGUACGAAGUGUCUGGGUUCGUAGCUACGUCGCAUAUUGGGUGAUUAUACGUACUGCGAGUCCACAGGCUGAGCUUUACAUUGUGAUUGACAACUAUGCAGGCCGGUGAAUGGCGUACAGAGUUAUUUAUUCUUGUCAUUGUAUUUAGAUGCGCGAUACUGGGUUUGUAACGUCUAUGAACGCCGAAGACUGUACUGUAUCACUACCAUAGACGCGUAUUUAGAGUCGCGUACAAUGGUCCGCAGCUCAGUCAGUUCGGUGUGUCGAGUGCUCGGGACCAGGCACUAACCCUGCCGCACUGAGGCAUCCUAUUGUUUUCGCUAUGCCUUCUGUGACAAACAGAACGCUCCUCUAGUGAUCAUGAGCCCACCUGCUGUUGUGAUAUAUGCUUUGAAUAAAUAGAGCUGUUCUUA